AAAUAAAAGUGAUACUCUUAACAAAAUUAGGGCUUAAUUUAUGGAGUACCCUGUUUCGACAUAAUUGAAAGAAUGGCAUCCUUUUACCAUCUUCUUCAUUGUGCAUUUUAGAUGGCUUGCAUGAUAGAAAUAUAAAGCACAAAUUUUCGAGCUUUUUUUCGGCUGAUAUCUAUCACAGUGUUAUUGCCUCAGUCCUUGCAUCUUAUGCAUUUAAGCCAUGUUAGAUUGUUUAGAUUUUGACCUUGAAAAAAUGAAACAAGCGAAAAUGGAAGAAGGAAAUGGGGAGGCUUCUUCAUAUGAUGACGUUGCACAAACAGACCAAGACAAUUUGUCUGUCUCUCUUUGGAUGUUGCAAUAUUUGGUUACUUGUGCUAUGUGUGAAUGUAAAAUGUGAUUAGGAAUGCUUUAAUUAUAAUGUUAGCAUUCCAAUUCUAAUUUCACAAAUUAGACGGUUUUGUUUUUCUAGAAUUGUGCUGAUGAAUUGGUCAUAAAUCUCAUUUUGCUGGCUGAUUCUGUUUGUGCUUGAUGGCGAAAACAAAUGAGCUGAAGAUGAAUUAGCAGGAGACGAAGGUAUGUUCCUUUUAAUUUCUUCUGUGUAUCUGUUUUACCUGAUACAAUUGAUUGUGUUAACAUUGCUAACUGAAUCAGAGCUUGUCUUAUCAUUCAGUUGUUCUUCAGAUUUACAAUUCAGAUUUAAAAUAGCCUCAUCUGCCACUCACAAGUACUUUAGUUAAGCCUUAAACUUGUCCCAUUCCAUUUGUUCUUUAAUUGGUAUCUGUUUCUAGUUGUUUAGUUUCAAUGAAAGGUUGGCUCUGUUUACUCAUUGGUUUGAGUGAGCUGAUAUGCUUUGAAUAAUAAAUUUAUUAGAUCCAUCCAGCUAUUUUAAGUUAUAGAGUCUGAUAUUGAAGGAGGGUCGAUUUCAUCAGCAUUUUGGUUUGAUGAAAGGUGGAGAUAUCUGCCUCGAUUAUUCUACUAUUGUCAUUCCUGGUUAAAGAAUCUUGUUUUAGUGGAAAAGGCUGGCUGAAUUAAUUGGCAAAAAUGAGUAAAUGCAUAUUGCCAAGCUAUAUAUGAAGUAGUCGUGUUUUUAAUGGUUACACGAGAUAUGACUUUCCGAUUCAUAUAUAUUACGCCUAGCCUUGUGCUUUCCAAAUUGAAAUAAGGAAUUUAGGGUUUUUCGCCGCCACUGCUUCUAUUCCAUAUACAUAGCAGCAGAAGAGGUAAACAUCCCCCUCCCCAUGUUUUUCUUUCCAUUACAAUUAGUUUGUUUGAUCUUCGUAUCGAAAUAACUGGUCAUCUAUUUUAUGGUUUCUUCUUUUGGAUAGAAGCUUGGAAUCGGAGAUUUUGUUCACUUCUUAUUGAGAGGUUUCUUUAAAUUCUCUGUAUUGAUUUAUUGCACAUUUGCACUAGACUGUAAUAAUAGAUCUAUGCAAUAUUAAUGUGUAUCUUAGUUAGAUCUGGCAAUUCAUGAUGUCGUGUAUCAACUUUUCAUGUUUUGGUUAUCCAUUUUGUGCCUUUCCAUAAUCUCCUAUCUCUGUAUUCAUGAUUGAUAUUGUCUUGUUUAGAUGUUGCUAUCAUGAUGUCGUGUUGAGGAUUGUCUGUGUCUUGAACUUAAUUUAUGGUUUGGGAAGUUUAUUUGACUGUAACGAAGCCAACUUAGUCGAAUUCAUGUCUGAUUUGUCUUGUAUAAUUCGUGCAAUCGUGCCUGCACAAAAAGGCCAACUUAGUUCACAACUCAUGCACAGUUUUGCACAAUUCACACUGUCUAAUGUGUUUUUUCGAUCACUUUUUAGGCCGUUAUUUGAAAAAAUGAAACAAGCGAAAAUGAAAGAAGGAAAUGGGGUCGAUCACUUUGCUCGUAUCACAGAGGAACUAAUCUCGUUGAUAUUAAGCCGGUUUGAAAACCUAAAGCAUCUGUGUGGAUACUCCCUUGUCUCGAAGCGUUUUGCUUUGGCUAUUUAUGUAUUGAAAUCUGUUCAUUUGACUCUUCCAAGUACUACACACUCUACUGAAUCAGCUGAUGAAAUCUUUGAACUUCUCCCUAAGCUGGCAGACGUCAAACUGAUUCUUCUCUGAUUUGAUUUUAUGUUAAUUUGGUUUGAUAUUUUUCUUCAUUUGUGAAUGGUUCUAUGAUUUUGUACUUUGAACAAAGACUUAAUCAACAUAUGAGCUACUUUCGCACAAUUUGCGUACUAUUUUUUUGCACUAUAUUUGCACGAUUUUACUCUUUUUCUUAUCACUGUUUGUUAUUUGAAUCUUUAUAUUUUAUUUUUUUCUCUGAUUCCUUGUCUUUUCCCCCAUUUUUACUCUCAUCUCUCUCUAUUUUCCAUUUUUUUGGUACUAUUUGAAUCUGCAAACUUCUCCCUAAGCUGGCAGGCUUUACCAGUGAAGAAAUGGGUGAAUUAUCAACUCAUCACCGAUUAAGGAGUUGGGGUUCUUGUCAUUCCUUCGGAACUUCAGGGAACUCAGAUCUAUUUCGUUGGAGUUCACAUGUCUUCGCAGCAUCUGCAGUUCCUCACUUUGGAAAGUGUGGGUGAAAUUCAGCAGCGGUGGAGCCAUGGUGGAACUCUUUCUAGAACUACCAGCUUUUGUGCCUUGGGAGUAUACUGGGGACAAAAAGGACUUGCGAGAUCCGUUGUUGGAGUUUGUAGCCAGCUAAUUUAAGUUUUAGAGUCUGAUAUUGAAGGAGGGUCGAUUUCAUCAGCAUUUUGGUUUGAUGAAAGAUGGUGAUAUCUGCCUCCAUUAUUCCACUAUUGUAAAAAGUAAAGUUAGUCAUUCCUGGUUAAAGAAUUUUGUUUUAGUGGAAAAGGCUCACUGGCUGAAUUAAUUGGCAAAAAUGAGUAAAUGCAUAUUGCCAAGCUAUAUGUGAAGCAGUCAUGUUUUAAUGGAAGACAACACGAGAUAUGACCUUCGAUUCUUAUAUAAAUACGCCUUAAGCGUUCCAAAUUUUAUUACGGAAUAUAGGGUUUUUCGCCGCCGCUGCUUCUAUUGCAUUUACAUAGCAGCAGGAGAGAAGCAUUCAAGCGUGGGAUCUUGGAUUCGGAGAUAUUGUUCACUUCUUACCGAGAGGCCGUUAUUUGAAAAAAUGAAACAAGGGAAAAUGGAAGAGGGAAAUGGGGUCGAUCACUUUGCUCGCAUCCCAGAGGAACUACUCUCGUUGAUAUUAAGCCGGUUUGAAAACCUAAAGCAUCUGUGUGGAUACUCCCUUGUCUCGAAGCGUUUUGCUUUGGCUAUUUAUGAAUUGAAGUCGGUUCAUUUGACUCUUCCAAGUACUACACACUCUACUGAAUCAGCUAAUGAAAUCUGUGGGCUUCUCCCUAAGGUGGCAGGCUUUACCAGUGAAGAAUUGAGUGAAUUCAUCAACUCAUCACCGAUUAAGGAGUUGGGGUUCUUCUCAUUCCUUCGGAACUUCAGGGAACUCAGAUCUAUUUCGUUGGACUUCACAUGUCCUCGCAGCAUCUGCAGUUCCUCACUUUUGAAAGUGUGGGUGAAAUUCAGCAGCGGUAGAGCCAUGAUGGAACUCUUUCUAGAACUACCUGCUUUUGUGCACGAGAAGGCUUCAUCAUCUGACGAGUCUUCUUCAUCUGAUGACGAGGACUCAUACGCUGCACUAACAGACACAGGAAUGCAUGCACAGUCUCUCUUUCGAUGUUGUUGUGUUUGGUUGCUUGUGCUGUGUUUGCUCAGAAAAUGCCACCCUUCGCUUGUGAGUGUCACCAUCACAAAUAGCGAGAAAGAGGGGAGACUAUUCGUGAGCAAUAUAAAUCUUCUUUUUCGGAUAAACAAGUCGAAUGAAGCAGAACUAUGCUCAUUGAAUCAAACACUUGUUGGAUGUGUGACUCAAAAAUCCCGGAAUCAGGAUAACUGGUGAAAGUGGUGAAUCAUGCGACGUUAGAUCCGGUGGAUGAACUAGAUUCUGAUCCAGGCGCGUUGGAUGGCGAUGAUGUAGUGACUUGGGAGUAUACUGGGGACGAAAAAGACUUUGGCGCGUUGGAUGGCAAUGAUGUAGUGACUUUGCGAGAUUCGUUGUUGGAGUUUUUAGGUAAAUAUGGAGAAACAUUUCCUUACUUAUCCGCGUUUAACUAUGCCGAAACUAGCUCUUCUUUCAUUUGAUUUAAUGUUAAUUUGGGACUACACUUUGAUAUUUAUCUUUAUAUGGGAAUGUCUCUAUCUA